AUGCUAUGUGAUGAAAAGAAUUUAACUGAACCAGAAUCGAAUAUUCUAACAAAUACAGAUAUAAUUUCAAUUGUGCAAUGUCGAUCAGCAAUCGAUAAUUCACAAUAUUCAUCUAAUCAAAAUCCAAGCAGACAAGAAAACAAAAAUGAACCUACGAAUUCUAAUACUAAUAGUACAAAACAAAUUGCUGCUGAUACUCAGCUACAGAUCAAAGAUGUUCUAACUAAAGAGAAUACACAUUUUGAAUCAAAAACUCAAAAAUUAGGAGUAAUUGAAUCAUGUUUUAGUCGAUGUUGUGGACAACGAAUAUUUGGAUGGUUCAAGAAACAAGAAAAUUAUUCACUUUAUCUUUUUUCACCUUUGAAUAACUAA